CCCAAAACAUCCCCCUCAGAAGGCGUCGUGGGGAUGGCUCUGUGCUGGAAUAAGGCCUCCGAUGGCCACUGGAGGCAUAAGAUAUACCAGAAACUACGCGACAGGAAUAAAAAGGAGUAUGAGAAUAUUAACGACCUCAUCCAGUUGCAUAAUCGGCUCUUUGAGCAGAGUGAAUUAUUGAGAACAGAGAACCUACAGCUAACACUUCAGAAUGAGAAACUUCGUCAGGAGAACUCAGACUUACACAGUAAAGGAGCUGGAGGGGAUGGGGGCAGUGGAACCGGUUCUGCUGCUGCGGGUGCCUCCUCUCAAGUGGUUCAGGCGCUGGAACAGAAGUUGUAUAAGCUACAAGAAGAACUAACUGACCUCCACAGACGAAAGGGUGAAAAUGCCCAACAGCUGGUGGAGUUAAACCAGUGCCUUCAGGAACGUGACAAAUUACUAGCAACCAAAGAAAACAAAUUAGCCGAGUAUGAGUCAGAGAUCCUGAUUCUCAAAGAGGAAUUAGCAGCUAAAGAGUCAGCACUAGCAGAUCUCCAGGCAGUCAACCAGGUCCUGCGAGAUGAAUAUCAGACGCUUAACUUAGCCUUCACUGCCUUGGAAGACAAGUAUAGAAAAGCUCAGGAGGAAAACAGAGAGUUAAUUGAUCGCUGGAUGGCCCAGAAGGCAAAGGAUGCAGAGAAGCUGAACAUGGAGAAUGACACAGCACUGAAGAAACGCCAGAUGAUGCUUGAGGAGCAGCUAAAAGAAGCAGCAAGAGAACCAAAACAAGUUAGCUUAGAAAGCAAGUUUGCGUGUAGCCCACCUAUAUGUCUCACAGCCGUCCUACCUGCAAAGGCUUACCUUAGAUUUGAUGCUCACGAUGGGGAAGUUAAUUCCGUCUGCUUUAGUCCUCAGGGAAAAAUUGUAGCUACUGGAGGCGCUGAUAGAAAGCUCAAACUCUGGGACAUUAGUCGUGCCACAGUUGAAGCAAGAGGAGUCCUUACCGGCAGCAAUGCAGGGGUGACAGCCAUAGACUUUGAUGCCGAAGAAUCGCUUAUUUUAGGUGCCUCCAAUGACUUUGCGAGCCGAGUCUGGACCGUCAUGGACCACAGAUUAAGACACACCUUAACAGGGCAUUCAGGCAAAGUCAUGGCAGCCAAAUUUUUGUCUGAGUCGUCCAAGGUUGUAACGGGAUCCCAUGACCGCACCCUCAAGAUAUGGGACCUCAGAAGCAGGGCAUGUAUUAGAACAAUCUUUGCUGGGUCGAGCUGCAACGACCUUGUCCCCUCAGACAGCGCAGCAACGACCAUUAUUUCGGGUCACUUUGACAAGAAAAUCCGUUUCUGGGACACUCGGACGGAACAAUCAGCCAAUGAGGUGCCUCUGCAGGGGAAGAUAACAUCACUUUGUCUAUCCAGAGAUGGAUUUUACCUCCUAAGUUGUGUUCGUGAUGAUUCCUUGAAAAUCUUAGACUUGCGGAAAAAUCACGUAGUCAACACAUUCACUUGUGAAGGCUUCCACGUUGGUGCGGACUACUCACGCGCCGUGUUCUCCCCUGAUGCGACCUAUGUGGCAGCAGGAAGUGGCGACGGCUCUGUCUACAUUUGGAAUGUCAGUACAGGCAAGCUUGAGAAGACACUCAGGGAACAUGUAGCAUGUGUUGUAGCGUGCAGUUGGCACCCGAACGGCAAGUCACUAGUGUCGUGCGACCGUGCCAAGAAAGUGGUGGCAUGGUCGGACUUUUAGAGGGAAAGUAAUCGAAGGUGGAACUUGGUGGUACAGGGUAUUGGAAAACGGAAGAAGGUAGAUAUGAAAGAAGUCGAGGAAAGGUGGCUGGAAGUGUCCGAAUGUGGGGAAAGGUUUCAAGGAGAUGUCCAUUGGUGUCAGGAGAUGUCAGGUGGCAGCCGAUGACAUCAGAUGUGAGGAAGUGGUGGCAAACAGAUGAUGUUGUUCCUAAGAAUUUCCCUCCCCCCCUCCCCCUGAUAAGUCAUUAGGCUCUAAUCAUGCUUGCAAAAAUUAAUGUAGAUAAAUAAAAUUAGAGAAAUGAAUUUUUUGAC